CGAUUUUGCCAUCAGGGAAAUGGACGGUGCUCUGAAAACUGGGAUCUCGCUCCAUAGUCGGCACCGGGCGCGUAUGCAGACUCCCUCGAUGGCAGUCACCCCAGCAGCCACUUGCUCCAGAGCCGUGGGUCCAGGGACUCGAUUCUGAGCUGCAGGAAGAAAGGACACUGAAAAAGGAGGAGCAAGAAGGACAGAGACAGAUACAGAAAAGUAGGGCGAACUGGGGUCAGGGGGCCGUGACCCUGUGACCACGUCUGCCCCCUAGUCGCCCCCCGGGGGGCACCAGCACCGGAGGGCAGCCGAGCGAGGCCGUCGCCAUGCGCUGCUCCACCCUUCUGGCCAUCCUGACGGCCGUGCUGCUGUACCUGGUCCUGGGAGCGCUGGUGUUCCGCACCCUGGAGGAGCCACUCGAGCGCGGCAAACACAAUCAGCUGCUCAGCGUCCGCGAAGACUUCCUGAGGAACUACACGUGCGUGAGCCCCGAGACGCUGCUGGCCUUCAUACAGGAAGUGGCAGAUGCUGUGGGAGCGGGUGUAGAUCCCACCAGUAACACCACCACCUUUUCCAGCCAGUGGGACCUGGCCAGUGCCUUCUUCUUCUCUGGCACCAUCAUCACCACCAUUGGUUUCGGGAACAUCUCCCCCAAGACAGAGUGGGGUCAACUCUUCUGCAUCUUCUAUGCCCUGGUCGGCAUCCCCAUGUUUGGAUUCCUGCUGGCCGGCGUCGGGGACCACCUGGGAACGGGCCUGAGAAAAGCUGUCGCCAAGGUGGAGAUGCUGUUCCUGAAGUGGAGAGUGAGCCCCACCAUCGUGCGAAUCAUCUCGGCCCUCUUCUCCAUCCUGCUGGGCUGCCUUCUGUUUGUCGCCGUGCCUAUCUUCAUCUUCCAGGAGGUGGAGAAGUGGACCCUGCUGGAGUCGGCUUACUUCGUGGUCAUCACCCUCACCACAGUGGGCUUCGGAGACUACGUGGCAGGUGACAGUGGUGAUGGUGGCAAAGACCACUGGUACAAGCCUUUGGUCUGGUUCUGGAUCCUGCUCGGCCUUGCCUACUUCGCCUCCAUCCUCACCAUGAUCGGCAACUGGCUACGGGUUCUGUCUAAGAAGACGCGUGCCGAGAUGGAGGAGCUCCGAGCACACGCCACGGACUGGACGCAGAACAUCCAAAACAUGUCUGUUGAUUUCCGCAUCCCCAACCCUCUAGACGACCCCUUCAAGCGUCGCCGGCGGAAACGACGACGUGGUCACCGUACACAGGGCCAGGGGGCGGGGCAGGACAAGACGAGGGAGGGUCCGGAGAGUGCUCAAGCGGGCUACAGUCAGUCGGAGUCGGGAUCCUCAUCUUCGUAUUCAGAUGCGUCGGACUCGGGAUCCGAGUCGACGGAGACAGAGAGGGUGGGUGAAGGGGGUCAGGGGAAGGAUUUAAUGGGUGAAACGACCCCUCCGCAGCCCCUACCUGAUCCCAUCUUCUCCCAGCCUCUGGACUACUUUGGGGAGAACCUGGCCUAUAUCGAUGAGUCAUCAGAUGCGCGAAGUGGGAGGUUCAGACUUGAAUCGGCUGCAGAAGUGGCCCACCCCAACUCCACCACCCAUUCAAGAGCCAAAAGGAGGCGCAACAGGCGGCAACUCAACCGGAAGAUCCCAAAAAAGACAGAGGUCAACGGGAACUCCGAGUGGAAGGAACCCAAUGGUGACAUCCAGCCACCGCCCCAACCCCCACCCCCUCCUCCCCAACCCCCUCAGUGA